AUCAUAUAAUCUUUAAUUUUACCAAUAAGUCUCAGGUCAAGAAGUAUGGACUGAGGUGGCAUCGGGAAAGAGGUGACCCUCAGGCAAGAUGGUCUAAGCCCUCUGUCCCGCCCAUGUAAGGGCUGCUGGAGGGCGCCUCGGCUGUGCCAGCGUCAGCGCUGGGAAAGCACCUGCUGUUCAGCCAGCUAGGGAAGGAGACGUCCAAGAUGGCCAAGGUGUCUCCAUCCUCGGUGGGUGAGGAGAAAACGCCGUGCCUUCAGGCCCUGGUGCUGUCGGGAGGCCCACAGACAAAGGGGCUGGUCUCUGCGCUGCGCCUCAGCUACACGUUCCUUGUCUACUUUCAAGUUCCGCUUCUGCACCUGCUUCCUCUCUUUCUUCUAAGAUAAAAUUAGUGAUAGUAACACAAAUUGUAAUGCCUUUUAUAUCCUUGACACAUAUGAAAAAAGUGCUGAUGCACUAGGUUUCCUCCUUGCCUCGGCUACUUGGAAGACCUGGGCCCUGUCACCAACCUCCGUUACCUCACCCUACCCACCCUGCCCCCUGCUUUGUACUCAGUAAAAGUCAGAGCGUCCAGGCCCUGGGGGCACUGCUGGACUUCAAGCUUCAGCAGCAGCGGACCCUGGGCCCAGACUCUCUUUUCUCUGUCUCUGUGUCUUGUGUCUUUAUUGUCACUGUCUCUCUCCACACCUGUAGAGAGGAACUCACCGGACCCCGUAGGGCUGGACCCGAUAGGGGUGGGUAUGGCUGUGGGGGAGACAUUCUGGCCCCUGGGGGGUGCUGUGCUGGGCUGCCCCCACCGCACCCGGGCCUGGAUCCCUGCAGCAGUCUCAGGGUGCUGCCACUCUGACCCUGACGUGUCCAGAACACUCCACACAGUGUCUCAGUGACCCCGGGUACUGCCCUCCCCUACUGAGGAUCCCAGGAGUGAGCCUCUGGAGCCGUGAGACCUGGGCACCUCUGGAGGGCAGGCAUAAAGGCUGCCCCUCCCCAAUACCAGGCUGCGGGAGCUGAUCCCAGGCCACAGGUGGGUGGGGCCAAUGAGGUCCUCAUGAGUUUAUUCAAGGCUGGUGGACAUUCAGUCAAGCUCAGGUCCCACCAGUCACUGGGACAGCCUCGGUCCUUGAGGGCAAACCAUCGGUUGGGACACUGGACAGGGGCACCAGCGCCCCCAGAAGAUGCUGGCCAGGGCCCCAGGGUGGAGACGGCUUCCCUCCAGGAAAAGGUUGGGGGUAGUUCUGGGAGCCCAGGCCCAGGCCACCAGGCUUGUCUCUGACCUGCCUGUACCGCAGGCAGGAGGAUGGCCUUGAUGACUUCUUAAGGUAGAGGCCAAGUCUUUGCAUUCUAUGACUCAAAGCAACUUGUUCCCAGAGCAGCGGGGUGGGGCAGCCAGCUCCCUCCUGCCCAGCCCUCCCCCAGGCUCCACCGAGGUCCUGCCUGGCAGCGGAGCUCAGAGCAAAGGGAAGGACAAGGAGAGUUCGCAGGGGGUUCCUUGUCCCUGCCUGAGCUGCAAGAGGCUCCUCGAAGGCCCUGCCUGCCCCUGUCCACCUGGUACAAGCACAAUCCUGGUUGGGGGAGGAGGGGAGAAAUCUGGCCUGAGUUCACCAGGAGCAGGCAACCUGCCUGGCCCUUCCUGGAUUUGGUGGGAGAUGAAUCUCCAGCCCUCGGCGGGCCUAGGUGCUCCCAGGAAUCAGGGCUUUCGGGCAGCUCUGCACUCAUUCAGCCAUGCCUGGGGAGUGUCCCUGGCGGCCCGCUGGCCAUCUUGACCACGGAGAAUAAGGAGUCGGUUCCCGAUCUGAGCAUGAGUUCACCGUUUCUUCCAACUCUCCAGGUGCCACCGGUGACCAAUUUGUCUUGGUAACGACUGGUCAUGGAGAAGGAGGGGGCAUAGGGCCUGCCGGGCCUUCUGCUGCCCACCAGAAAGUGGGGGAGGGAAGGGGUUUGGUCCUUGCUCCAGGCAUUGGGUUUGAGGGCAGGACACCCGAGAUCCCCUGGGAACCCCUUUGGCUAUGGGAAGACCUUGCCUCAAUCAGGCUCCCCAGUCCCUCCCUGGCCAAGCGGCCCAGACCUGCCCAGACUGGAGCCAUUCAGACCCAGAGCCAUGUCUCCCAGGUCUCCCUGCCCUGUGCCACCUGCCACCAUGCCUUGGGGCUUGCUCACUACCAGGAGGCCCCUUGUCCUGGACCCACGUGGCCUGGGUAGGGACCUCCAGCCAGGCCACUCAGUGAGCCGCUAGCCCCACCAGGACCGAAUGACAGCCAGGACUCAGCCGGCAGAGGGCAGGAGGCCAGGCUUGCAGUGAUGCCCCAGCCACAACUGUCUUCCUGCCCCUCCCUGUCCUGACGGGAGCCCCCAGCUCUGUAGCUGAGCCAGGCCUGGGGGCCAUGCGGGGUCCUGGGGUUAGACACCCACCCAAAUGUUCCAACAGACUUCUCUCUCAGCCUAGGGCACAGAUGGCAUCUGAGCUAGCAGGGCAGUGCUGCUCUGGGCAGGGGCCCAUGGGAGGCCCGGUAGGGGGCGGUUCUGAGGCCCCUUGCCCUGCUAUCCUCCUUCUCCCUGACUCUCAGGGGCCUCCCCACUCCCUGGGACUCACUCCCUCAUCUUGGCCUCUGCCUGGGACGCUACCCAGCCACCCCCAGCAGCCCCAACACCAAUGCUGCCUACCAGCUGCUGCUGCUACAUAAGCAUCUGCCCCAGGUCCCCAGGCCCCCAAGGCUGGGCUCCUUGACCCCCAGGCCACUGGGGAGGAGAGGCAGUGCAGGCGAGCUCAGUCCCAGGGCCCAUGUGCCCCAGCAAGGGGUGGGCCACAGAACCCAGGAAGAGAACGGGCUCCAGCCCCCAGUGGUCGCCAGUGGCCCCCCAGAAGCCCGCCACCCCGUCCCAGUCACUCCUGCUCUCACGUAUAUUUCCCAGCUCCCCAUCUGGGCCCACCUGCCAACCAGCGGCAGCGCUCACCCACCACGCCUGCCUGGACAGCUCAGUCCACCAGGAGCCUGCCUGUGACAGCCCUCCGCAGGGCCCAGCCAGGGCCGACAAGCUGCCUGCAGGCCACCCAAGGGUCUGGGUGCAGCGCUGGGGUAAUGCGACAGGACCAGACUCUAGGUAGGGAGGCCCAGACUUGGAAGGGGGCAGGCUCGGGAUCGGGGGAUUGCUGGGAGAGGGCAGGGCCUCUGGCAAGGGAUAGGGCCUGUGCCCAAGCCGCAAUGGGUGCCCAGGGGCCACUCUCAGAGCCCCAACAACUGGCCAUGGGGAAGCCGUGCCCAGCACACCUGGCCCUCAGGUCCCUUUGGGGCAGACCCAGUUUCUCUACCUCGGCCAGAGCUUCUCAUCACCUCCUCACUUGCUGGGCGUUUCAGGACCAAACUCUCAGGGUGAAAGUGAGGCUUUGUGUCCCCCUCUGGGGUCGCAGGUAGGGCCUGCAGGAUGUAGGUCCUGCCCCCCUCCAUGGGAAGUGGCCAGAGGCCUUGGAGGCAGGCAUGGCUGAGGCACACAGCCCCAUCCCUAUCAGGGCUUCGGGGUGGGUGGGUACCCCCAGCAGGAGGAGGGUGGCAAGACUGCUGCCAGCUCUGUCUCUGGGACAAGUAGGCAGGUGCCUGCCUCACUCCCACACCGCCUCGGCCUCAGCUGUGGCAGCAGGCCCAGGCCUCUUGCAUAAGCGCCCUGUGGGGGGACGAGGCUGCAGCAGUGCCGGGCCACCCCACCCCCCAGCAUCACGAGUCUUCAGUGGGCUGUCCUGGGGCCCUGGGUGAGGCCAAGCCUGGCCCAUAAAUAGGGGUCUCCUCGGUGCUCUCCACUCCUGCACACCUCCCUCGCUCGCCCACACUGCUGGCACCGGGCCCCAGACACCUGCUCUGCUUCGAAAGAAUGGCUGCUCAGCACACUCUGUGGAUGGGGCUGGUCCUGCUGGGGCUGCUGGGCGGCCUGCAGGCAGCAGUCGAGGCCCAGGUCUCCGUGCAGCCCGACUUCCAGCAGGAAAAGUUCCUGGGGCUCUGGUUCAGCGCGGGCCUCGCCUCCAACUCGAGCUGGCUCCGAGAGAAGAAGGCGGCACUGUCCAUGUGCAAGUCGGUGGUGGCCCCGGCCUCGGAUGGCGGCCUCAACCUGACCUCCACCUUCCUCAGGAAAAACCAGUGUGAGACCCGAACCAUGCUGCUGCAGCCCGCGGAGUCCCUUGGCUCCUACAGCUACCGGAGUCCCCGACCCAGGGGCUUCCUCACCCCUCCUGGGGAAUGGCUCCUGCAGGGAGACCUCUUCACUUCCCGGUUCUGGCAGCGAGUUCUGUGGCUGCACCAGGAAUCCGGUUUUCUGAGCCUGGCUCCCCCAGACGUCUGGUUUGGGGACAGAGUUCACAGGCUGUACUGGGGCAGCACCUACUCUGUGUCAGUUGUGGAGACCGACUAUGACCAAUACGCCCUGCUCUACAGCCAGGGCAGCAAGGGCCCCGGCGAGGACUUCCGAAUGGCCACGCUCUACAGCCGAACCCAGACCCCCAGGGCUGAGUUAAAGGAGAAAUUCACCGCCUUCUGCAAAGCCCAGGACUUCACAGAGGAUACCAUUGUCUUCCUGCCCAAGACCGAUAAGUGCAUGACGGAACAAGAAUAGGGCUCAGGGGAGCCAGGGGGCAGAGGAAAGCCCCCCUACCCCCACCUGCUCCAUCCAACUGGAGUGGGGGUGGGCUUGGAAGACCAUGGCCUUCCGCUUGCACCCCCAGCACUCCCCAGGGCUGAAGCUGGGACCCCCGCCAGCCAGGUGACCCCCAAGCUCUGGAUGUCUCUGCUCUGUUCCUUUCCUGAGACCCUGCCCCAGCUCCCCACCUAAGUGCCCCCACUCCCUUGGGCUUCAUUCUGGCUCCAUGGAAUAAACACUGGAAGCAAGUCA